AUUAAAUUCGACGAUGACUGCUGAAUGAAUGAAUGAAAGACGUGACGAUUGCCAAAAUUGUGAAUCAUUUUGUGAAUUUCCUGGCCCAACAUUUGUUCUGGAAUCAAGUUCAUGAUCACAGCCGACAGUUGGGGCUAUGGAGAUGUUGAACAGUUGGUGGGGAGGGGGUAAAACGGAGGAGAAAACACCCGAAGAAUCGGGAAAAAGUGUUGGCGAUGAUGUUGCGAACAAAAGUGAUGGAGCAGCAGCAGCUGACGAAGAAAAAGUGAAGGAGGGCACCCCGUCGGGUUCCGCGACAGAAACUACAGAGGAACCUGAAACACCUUCGGUAAAACCAGAGGUUCAAAUCACAGCAGAAGCAGCUCUUAGUUCAGCCAAGGAAUGGGGAAGUUACUUGUACAACUUUGCAAAAGAAGGGACCAAAAAGGUGACGGAGACAGCUGCUAAAACAGCCACAAUUAUUCAGAAAACAGUGGAGGAAAAGACCAUCGUUGGCGACUUCAAGAAGGAGCAAGACAAGUUUGUGAAAGAGAAGCAUUCCAAGAGAGCUGAGGCAGCAGUACCGCCUUGGGUCGGUUACAAUGAAGAGGACCAGAUGAAAGAACAAAUCAUGGCAUUGUCUCAGGACAAGAGGAAUUUUCUAAGAAACCCACCCGCCGGGGUGCAGUUCCAGUUUGAUUUUGCAAGUUCGUUUCCUGUCGCCCUGGCAACCCUUCAAGAAGAUACAAAUUUGAAGAAGAUGAGAUUUGACCUUGUGCCGAAAGCAAUUAUCGAAGAGAAUUUCUGGAGGAAUUAUUUCUACCGAGUUUCUCUGAUCAAACAAUCGUCACAGUUGACGUCACUAGCCGCUUCUUCAGGCAAUUCAAGCGAUACUGGUUCAACAUCAAGUAACAAGACGGACGACUCACCCUCGGAGAGUAUCAAAGAUAAAUCCAAACCCGUAGAUAUAUCAGUUGAACCGUCGUCGCCGUCAUCCCCCCAUGACGAUGAUGUACCAUCCAGUCCCCCUGGGGCUGAGUUCGCCAGCGACGCUUUCGUCUCAGAGAUCGACCAAGCUGAGAUCCAGAAGGGGUUCAAGCAGCUUGGCAUGGGAACCAAGGAGGAGCAAAGUAAAGUUGAAGAGGAGGUGCCUGAAUGGGAGAAGGAGCUGCAACAAGAACUACAAGAAUAUGAAGUUGUGGAGGAAGAGGACACAGUCGACAACGAGGAAUGGGAACGAGAGAUUGAUCAGAUGUUGGAAGACGAAGGCACGCCAGAGACAAAAUAAUUCAUCCAGAGUCAGUCUACCAAAUAUUCAAUAAUUUAUCGUCACGUCACUAUGAACAAGGCCCGAUUUCAUAGAGCUGCUUAAGCACACAAAAAUGC